AUGGAUGAUGAUAAUUUUGAUAUAGUAAAAGCUCAAUCUCCAAAAUCUUAUUUAUAUUCAAUAGUAGCAUUAAAUCAUUUAGGAGAAAUAGCAUCCAAAAUAAUAAUAACAUUAAUAUCAAAUGGUAGAUUAACUUCAAAAGAAAUUAGUAAUGAAACAAAUCUUACAAUUAAAUCAAUAAAAACUUCAUUAGUUUCAUUAAUUCAAUUAAGUUGUAUUAAUUUUUGGUAUGAUGAAAAAACAAGACAAACUUUUUAUUCAUUUAAUGAAAUUGGAAUAUUAAAAUUAAUUCAUAGUGGUGAUAUAUUAAAUUAUAUAACUCAAUAUUAUGGAAUUGAAGAAGCAGAAAUUAUUCAAAAUAUUUUAGAAAUUGGUCAUAUAAAAUUAGAAGAUUAUUUAAAUCAAUUUAUUGAUAAUGAAAAAUUAAAAUUAACAAAAGAAAGAUUAUUUUUAAAAUUAUUUAAUGAUGAUUGGUUAAAAAUUUUAAAAAUUUAUGAUUAUCAAGAUAUAAAUGAUAUAUGGCAACAAAUAUUUGAUGAUACAAUGGCUAAAACUCCAAGAUCUGCUACUACUUCAGAAGUUAAAAGAAUUGCAGAAGUUACAAGUAUAUGUAAAGAAAAAUUAAUAAAAUUAUUAGAAUAUCAACCUAUUGAAACUUUUAUAACAAAACAUGGUUCAAAAAAAUUAAAUCCUAAAUUGGUGCUAACUUUCAAUUUAGAAAGAUAUUUAAAACAUUCAAGAACUGAAUCAUUUACAAAUUUAUCAUGUUCAAGAAUUGGAUUUAUAACUUCAAAAAUUUAUGAAGCAGGUUUAAAAAGUAUUGAAACAAAUAGUCCAAAUUUAUCAUAUCCAUUUUUAAAAAUUUCUGGAUUAUUAAAUUUACCAGGAGAUUUUAAAGAAUUUAAAUUAAAUAUUGAAAGAAAUUUAAUAUCUGAAAAAAAAAUUAUUUUUACUGUUAAAGAUAUUUUGAAAUAUUUACCAAAAGAAAUUGAUAUUAGAAAUUCAACUGUAACUUUUAAGAAUACUUCCGAAAAUGAUGAUGAUGAUGAUGAUGAACCACCAACAAAAAAGAUAAAAUUAGAAAAUGGAUUUAAACAUAAUAAUGAUGAUGAAGAUGAUGAAGAACUUAUCAGUACAAUUAAUCAACAUUUAAAAUUUUUAGUUUCUAGUAAAUUUUUAAUUGAAGUAUCUCCAGGAUUUUAUAGUGUACCAUAUUAUCAAAUGUCUCAUACUGUACAACAAUAUAAUUUUGAAAUGAUUAUAAAAUCAACUUUAAGAGAACAAGCAUUUAGAAUAUUAAGAUGUAUAAAACAAUUAAAAUUAGCUGAUGAAAAAGCUAUAUCACAACAAGUUUUAUUAAAAGAAAAAACAGUUAGAAAUGAAAUUUAUCAAUUAAUAAAGGCAAAUAUAAUUGAAAUUCAAGAAAUUCCAAGAAGUAUAGAUAGAGCAGCAUCAAAAACUUUUUAUUUAUUUAGAUAUAAGGAAUUUCAAACAUUUGAAAAUUUAAAAAAUUGUUUAAUUUAUGAUAUGGCUGAAAUUUUAAAUCAAAUAAUUUUUUUCCAAAAUGAAAAUAAAAUUUUGUUGGAUAAAUGUAAUAGAAAAGAUGUUGAAGGUCAUGAAGAAGAAUAUUUAAUUGAUUCAGAAUUAAAAAUUUUACAAUUUUUACAAAAUCGUCAAAUUAAAAAUAUUAUAAAAUUUAAUAGAAUUGGUUCUUUAUUAAAUAUAUUUAAUUUAUAA